CAUAAUUGAUGCCGAACAACUCACUGGGGCACAGCGCAUGUCCUACCUCAAGACACAACUCAAGGACGAUGCACUGGCACUCAUCGCAAACGUGCCUCUUACAGACGAGGCAUUCCCUGCUGCUUGGGAUCUCCUCGUCGCGCGUUAUGAUAACCCUCGUCGGCUUCUCAACACCUACUUGGAGGAACUCCUCACCACAGAGCCAGUGCCUAAUCACUCGGCACCUCAGCUAAACGCACUUGUAUUACAGACACAGAAAAUUAUCGAUGCGAUGGGAACCUUGCGAGUCUCCAUUGCGGACUGGGACCCUAUCCUGGUUUUCGUCACCCUCAGACGUCUGGUACCAGAACUUAGGGAGGAGUGGGAGAGUACCCUGGGCAUCUCGAAUGAGCUGCCGGCGUACCAGAAAUUACAAGACUUCCUCAUCGGAAAGGUACGCGCUUGGGAGAUCAGCGCCAUCGGAGUCACCUCAAGACCAACCUCACCCAAGGAGGACAAGGCUUCAACCUCCAAGCUGCUAAAAACCUCUGGCAAGCCCCCAAACACACGGUCACCCUCACAUUCCAGCAAGACUGCAAGUACCCCCUCUGGUUCCACCGCUCAAGUAUACUAUACACCUAAAGAGGCUACAGAUGAACCUGGCAUCUGCCAACUGUGUAGGCAAAAGCACUUUAUUUUGUACUGUCAGCAAUUUAAGGUUGCCUCUGUCGCACAGCGCCGUACUAUGGUUCAAGAUCACCGACUGUGCUGGAAUUGUUUGGGACGCCACCGCUCACAGGACUGCCGCACCACUACAAGAUGUCGCCACUGUGGCAACAAGCACCACACGGCCAUCCACGAAGAAUCUCGGGCUAAUCCUCAACCGACUGCUGCUUCGGGCAGCUCAGGGCUCAAUUCUCUGGAAACAAUAGCCUUACUUGCUACAGCAACUUGCAGGGUAUAUUCGACAACGGGAGCUCCUCUGACAGCCAGACUUCUGAUAGAUCAAGGUUCUGAGCUGUCAUUCAUGACGAAUUCGCUACACAAGAAGCUGGGACUUCCUCUGAAAUCCGCAAACGUGGGCCUACGGGCCAUCGGCAACACAUCUGCUGGCCGCACAUUGGGCUCAUGCACUGUUGAGCUACAUUCGCUAUAUGGGAAGAAUUCGCUAAAGAUACAGGCCCACAUUCUCUCUGUGUUGGCGGUAGACUUGCCGUCAUACACCCUUAUCGACAAGAAAUGGUCGCAUCUACUGGGACUGCAAUUGGCUGACCCGCAAUUUCUGCAGUCCAGACCAAUUGACAUCAUUUUGGGAGCAGCACCUGCAGCUUUCAUCAUGAAUGAGAAGAUUCGCAAAGGGCCUGUUGAUUCGCCAAUUGCUCAGUCAACCCUCUUGGGCUGGAUUGUCUACGGCUCAGUCAAUCCAACUGCUACGAAAUAUUCGGCCAAUUCUCUGCACGUGUCAGCCGACGAACAACUACCGGAUCUGAUCUCCAGAUUCUGGGACCAGGAAGAACCGCAUGAUGAGCAGCACAUUCGCUAUAGUGAGCAGGAGGACGAAUGUGAAGCUUACUUUAGAUCCACACAUUAUCGUCACCCAAAUGGGCGUUACGUGGUGCACUUGCCACUCAAGGACAAGGUAGAAGCACUUGGGAAUUCACUGAGAUCCGCACAAUUUUCACUGCGUCGGGUUUUGAAACGGAUGAGCACGGACAUUACUUACAGUGACCUCUACCACAACUUCAUGUCUGAGUACGAGAACAUGGGUCACAUGAAACACAUUUCUAUGGCAGAUCUACCGGAACAACAUUGCUUCCUACCUCAUCACGGUGUCCUCAAGGAACAGAGCACUACUACAAAGCUCAGAGUAGUGUUCAAUGGAUCAUGCAACACCUCAUCAGGAGUUUCGCUGAAUGGGAUCUUACACGUUGGGCCAAAAAUACAAGUAGACAUCUGCGAUGUACUACUCCGCAUUCGUCGGUUUCCAAUACUUUUCGGAUCCGACAUCACAAAGAUGUUUCGGCAAAUUGACAUAGAUCCGAAGGACUGGCCGUUACAGUCCAUCCUCUGGAAGACCAAGGACAAUUCUCAGCAAGCGUACACCCUCACUACGGUCACAUACGGCACAACUUGUGCUCCUUAUCUUGCUGUAAGGACUCUACUGCAACUAGUAGAGGACGAAGGAUCCAAAUACCCGCUGGCAGUAGCUCCAAUGACUGAAACCCGUUACGUAGAUGACAUCUACGGGGGAGCUGACACAGAGACGGAAGCGAUUGCAAUCGCUAAACAAACCAGGGAACUCUGUGCAGCUGGAUGCUUCCCAUUAACAAAAUGGUCAAGUAACAGCGCUCGGUUACUCGCUACAAUGUCACCAAACGAUCAACCAGUGAACUCGCUACGGGAAAUCGGAGAUACUACGGUGAAGGUCCUCGGAGUUGGCUGGAAUCCUCACCACGAUGUAUUCCAGUUCAACUAUCACUUGGCUGAAGAUCCUCCAGCAACAAAACGGGCAAUCUUGUCUGAAAUUGCUCGUCUGUAUGAUCCUCUCGGUUUCCUCGCUCCGAUCAUCAUCAAAGCCAAGGUGAUCAUGCAAGAACUCUGGCUUGAAAAACUGGGCUGGGAUGAUCAAUUGGCUCCGACACAACUCCACAAGUGGACGGUAUUUCGAGCGGACCUCACCAACCUUGCUAACCUCCGGGUAAACAGAUGGAUUAAUCUCAAGGAGAAUGUGUCUGCAGAGCUCCACGGGUUCUCAGACGCAUCCCAACUCGCUAUGGCUGCGGUGGUCUACCUGAAGGUGACGGAUCUUCAGGGGAAUUCGUCAGUUGCACUUUUAUGCUCCAAAACUCAAGUAGCCCCUCUGAAACCACUCACAAUUCCACGGUUGGAGUUGAACGCUGCCGUACUUCUCACCAGACUUACUCUCUACGUGCGAAAAACACUUAACUUGGAGCAAAUACCAAUCUAUUUGUGGACUGACUCUGCAGUAACCCUCGCUUGGAUACAAAGUCAACCCUCUCGCUGGAAAACUUACGUACGCAACAGGGUUGCGAAAAUACAAGACACUCUUCCUGGAAGCCGCUGGACCUUUAUCGCUGGGAAAAGUAAUCCAGCUGACUGUGCUUCGCGAGGACUGUCAGUUGGCAAACUGCUGAAACACCCGCUUUGGUGGUCGGGUCCAAAAUGGCUCAGUUUGUCCCAAGAAAACUGGCCAACUAUUGAACCACCUGCUACGACCGCAACUCAUCAGGAAGAGAGACCAGGUCUAACCUUCAUGACAUUCGCUAAAACAGAUUCACAUCCUCUGCAAAUUCUCUUAGAACGCUUUUCUCGCUGGGUUUCGCUGGUUCGAACGCUUGGAAUCUGUCUACGUGCCAUCAGCCGAAUGAAAAAGGUGCCACAGUCCUCAUUAGCCACCCCGCUAUCUGCUGGAGACCUGGAACCCGCAAAAUGGCUACUGGUCAAAUAUACACAAGGCCAGUACUUCUCAUCGGAACUCAAGCUGCUUUCUGACGGGGGGUUCCUACCAAAAAAUCACCCACUCGCCAAGCUGACCCCCUUUGUCGACUAUCACGGAAUUUUGAGAGUCGGUGGCCGCUUGAAAAAUUCGCUAUUGGACAGUCAGCAGAAAAAUCCAGCGAUUCUGCCUAGAUACUCACUGCUGACGUCACUCCUCAUCGAUCAUGCACACAAACGGAACUUUCACGGGGGAACGCAAUUGACUCUGGCUGCGUUACGCCAAUCCUACUGGAUUAUUGGUGGCCGCGUACCAGUCAGAUCUCACAUCUUACGCUGCGUAGUCUGUGCUAGACACCGAGGUGUUCGAGCACAGCAAUUGAUGGGACAACUGCCCCCCUCUAGAGUGACUCCCGCACGAGCGUUUCUACAUACAGGAUUAGACUACGCUGGGCCAGUCACUCUGAAAACCUUUCAGGGUCGUGGAGCGAAAACUUACAAGGGGUGGAUUGCAGUUUUCGUGUGUUUCACGACCUCCGCUAUACAUCUGGAACUCGUCACGGACUACUCUACAGGCGCAUUCAUCGCAGCGUAUCGGAGGUUCGCAAGUCGCCGGGGCGUCUGCCACACCAUAUAUUCGGACUGUGGUACAAACUUUGUGGGUGCAGAUGCAACUCUAAGGGCUGAAUUCGCAUCAGGAUCAAGAUCACUGGGAGAACUUUCACAUUUACUGGCUACAGAUGGCACAACCUGGAAGUUCAAUCCGCCUGGAGCUCCGCACUUUGGAGGUAAAUGGGAAGCUGCCGUCAAGUCUAUCAAAUUCCAUCUCACAAGAACUAUCGGAGAGCAUCUGAUGACUUACGAGCAGCUCACUACGGUUUUGACACAGAUCGAAGCCGUGGUAAAUUCUCGGCCUCUCGCCCCACUCUCGGAAGAUCCUGCCGACCUGGAACCUCUAACUCCAGGUCACUUCCUCAUUGGAGAACCACUCACCGCUGUUCCGGAACCUUCGCUACCUUCAACAACGGAAUCGACGCUAACGGGGUACAAGUUGCUACAGCAACUGUUGCAACAGUUUUGGAGACGUUGGAGCAACGAGGUGCUUCAACGUCAUCAGGGCAUCUCCAAAUGGCAUCGGGCGUCCAACGACAUCAAAGUUGGCUCUCUGGUGCUCCUCACAGACGAGCGGUUCCCACCUACCAAAUGGCCACUCGCUAGGGUAAUCGCUAUCCACCCAGGGAAGGACGGACAUACCCGCGUAGUGACACUGAAGACAGCUACCACGGAAUUGAUCCGACCAAUUGCGAAACUAUGUGUUCUGCCCAUUGAAGAUCUUGACGUCUCAGCCGUCAACCCGGGGGAGAAUGUUCAGUCAACACCCAAACUGCCCGGGCGAAGCGAAGUUCGGCUUACCCGCAGCAAGAAGGCAGCACUAAGCAGAGCACAGAUCACCCGACAAUCGAUAGCCAAUCAAUGAAUCUCUAGUUCAAAUUCACUGACACUUGCGCAUUUCGCUAUUCUCUGACGUCAUUCGCUAUGAAUUUUCUGAUUGGCUCUUAGCUAUGGGACAUGCUUAGUCUUCCUCACGGGGAAGAAGACUCGUUUUCUAACGGUUUCCGCCAUUAUUCUUCUUUCGGCUACCUCAAGAUCACCUCGUGUUCUUCUCGCAGCUAAUUUUUCUAAUUGCUUGGCUUCUGUUAACCAAAAUUACUGUGUGUAAAUUCGCUUUAAAUCAAUUAUUUAACUAAUUGUGUUUGGGUGCAUUCGCUGCCACGUGUUACUCUUGGCAUUGUAUUUAUUCGGGUAAUUCGCUAACUGUAUAUAGUGUACAAUAAAUAUCAUUAUAA